AUGAUCAAUUAUAACGAGGAUAAACAACCUAAUUCAUCAAAUCUUCAAGGUUUAGAAAAUGAUCAACCCAUACCUCGAGGUGAACCUAGUGAAAUAAUUAAUUUUGAUUCUAACAAACGAAUUUUUACUUCUGAACAUCAACCAACUGGUGAAAUUAUUAAAGAAAAAUCAGAUAUAUAUCGAUUACAAGAUGAAUAUUUUCGUUCAUGUGUUCAUGAUAUUGAAUUAGGUACACACCAUAAAACAAAUGAUUCAAUACAACAUCAAGAUCAACAAUAUAUAUCAGAAUAUGAUCCUAUCGUACAUCCUGAUUCAAAACUUGGUCGAUUACAUCUAUCAAUACGAUAUGAUGAUGAGCGAAGUCAAUUAAUUAUUCAAAUAAUUAAUGCACAAGGUAUAAUAAGACCUGAACAAGUAUAUGCACGAGAUAUGUGUUUAACAUUUUCAUUAAUUGAAAAUGAUAAUAAUAAAUAUGAUGUAGAAAAACAUGAAAGAUUUGUUGUUGAAAAUGCACCUAUACAAUGGAAUGAACCUGAGAUAUUUUGUAUUACAUAUGAAAAAGUUAUUGAAAAAAAUUUAUAUAUUUUUCUCAGUAAUCGUACAGAUCCAUCAACACCUCGUGAUAGAGAAGUAUUAAUUCCUUUAAAUAAUCUUAAAAAUCAUGCUGAAGAAAUAAAUAAAUGGUUUGAUUUACAAUAUGCCUAA